UUGACGGCUGGGGUGAUCGAGUUCUUCUAGAAAAUGUUCGUGCUUUAACUCUGCAUAAAGGAAAAUACACAACCGGAAGAAGAAUAAAGCCUAUCAAGCAGAUAACAUGCAUUGGUGGAGACGCAAGCUGUAGUUAUGAACCUGACGUUAUUCAAUGCAGAAACGUAGGAUCAGACGGAUCAAAUCCUAAUUGGAAAUGUGAAGCAACCUUACCUAAAUCAUUAAAGUUUGGACGUUUAAAGGUUACAUGCGAAGGGGAUCUCUACGUUCUGAAAGCGUCGACUUCAUUUAGCGCAUUAUUUGGAAUCAUUUGGCUUGGCAUGCUUGGAUACAUUUUAUAUAAUAUGUAUUUAGCAUUUAUGAGGACACGAAGAGCGGAUAAUAGGCCCAUCAACUUACCGAAUCCUCCGGAAAAUAGAGCGGAUGAUGAAAGACCAAAUCUUCCUAAUCCUGGGUUUUGGUCAGGGAUUAUAGGCGGUGGUUUUUUAGGUUACUUAUUUGGUAAACCUCCAAGUUAUCGUAGAAGUACUUCGUAUUUCGCUCAUGAUGAUAAUUAUAAUAAUUGUCAUCGUUAUAGAGAUCAUUCCUCACAUACUACUUCAUCAAGUAAUAAUGAUGAUAAUUACACCGCCUAUGGCUUUGCUGACACUGAUGUAAGAUAA